GUGGAAGCGGAGGCGGUGGAAGCGGAGACGGUGGAAGCCGGGGCGGUGGAAGCGGGGGCGGUGGAAGCCGGGGCGGUGGAAGCGGGGGCGGUGGAAGCGGGGGCGGUGGAAGCCGGGGCGGUGGAAGCGGGGGCGGUGGAAGCGGGGGCGGUGGAAGCCGGCCGCACCUGUGCCCCGCGGCGCCCCGGCUCGCCCCGCCCCGGUCCCUCCCGCUCCUGGCGGCGGGGCAGGGGCGGGCCCGCACCGCCGCUAUUUCACCGCGCUCCGCGCUCCCCGCGCUCCUCUACCGCGCUCGCCGCAGCCCCGACCUUGCCAGCCCUCCCGUCCGCGCUCGCCCCCGCCAUGCCGAACAUCGUGCUGUUCAGCGGCAGCUCCCACCACGACCUGUCCCAGCGGGUGGCGGACCGGCUCGGGCUGGAGCUGGGCAAAGUGGUCACCAAGAAGUUCAGCAACCAGGAGACCAGGUAUGUGAGUCUAGGCUGCCACAAGUUCUGAAACACAAGUUCCUGCUUGUAGAGAUUGGUGAAAGUGUGAGAGGAGAAGAUGUGUAUAUUAUCCAGAGUGGCUGUGGAGAAAUAAAUGACAACUUAAUGGAACUACUCAUCAUGAUCAAUGCUUGCAAGAUUGCAUCAUCCUCCAGAGUGACUGCUGUAAUUCCAUGUUUUCCAUAUGCCAGACAAGAUAAGAAAGACAAGAAGGGAUCCGUGGAGCGUUGGAGCCGUGCACCAAUCUCUGCAAAACUUGUUGCCAACAUGCUAUCAGUUGCAGGGGCUGACCACAUCAUCACCAUGGACUUGCAUGCUUCUCAGAUCCAGGGUUUCUUUGACAUUCCAGUAGAUAACCUGUAUGCAGAACCUGCAGUCCUGCAGUGGAUUAAAGAGAACAUUCCCGAGUGGAGAAACUGUAUCAUAGUCUCACCUGAUGCAGGUGGUGCAAAAAGGGUUACUUCAAUUGCUGACAGACUGAAUGUGGAAUUUGCUCUCAUUCAUAAGGAAAGAAAGAAGGCAAAUGAAGUGGACAGAAUGGUCUUGGUUGGUGAUGUGAAAGACAGAGUAGCAAUUCUUGUUGAUGAUAUGGCUGACACAUGUGGCACAAUAUGCCAUGCAGCAGACAAGUUAAUGUCUGCUGGAGCUACUAAAGUUUAUGCCAUUCUCACUCAUGGCAUAUUUUCUGGUCCUGCUCUCUCUCGGAUUAAUAAUGCAUCGUUUGAGGCCGUUGUGGUAACUAACACAAUCCCCCAGGAGGAGAAAAUGAAACAUUGUCCAAAAAUACAGUUUAUUGACAUUUCUAUGAUCCUGGCGGAGGCAAUUCGAAGAACACACAAUGGUGAAUCUGUGUCUUACCUGUUCAGUCACGUCCCCUUGUAACUGCAGGGGAUUACACUGCAUCUUUGCAAAGGUCUCUAAAGCUAGCACUGUUUUGAAUGAUGCACAUCAACCAUGAGAAAUUAGUAUCUUUGUACAAUUCAAGAGCUUGUAUGUUUAAUUAUUAUAUUUGUCUUGUAAUUACCAUUUGUUCUUUGUAAAUGGGCAAUAAAUCUCCAUCUUGCAGAAAC